UGCGAUCACACGUCACUUCCUGUCCGCUCGCGUGGUGUUGUGGGAACGCUUUGCUAUGGCUAAUGUUGGAAAUAGUGCUGUGGAGCGAGGCUGUGAGUCUGAAAUACUUUUGCACCCGGAGCUGCUGUCCCGGGAUUUCCUCCUGCUGUCACUGGAAAAGAAAAAAAUUGGGGUGGACGAUGCUUUGAACGACAAAGAAAAGUUGACCAGGAUUUUUGUGCAGCAUGCAAUGCCUCUGCCUCGGAGGGAUUUGCCCAAGAGCCGGUGGGGGAAAAAGAUGGAAAGUAAAAGGGAACAGAAGAAAACUUCAGAAUCACAAAAGAAGAGUGUUACUGCUGACAGUGUACGAAAACGUCCGCUCAUAGUGUUUGAUGGGGCCUCGACUAGCACAAGUAUAAAGGUGAAAAAGACAGAAAAUGGGGACGGUGCCCAGCGACUUCAGCCUUCAUCUACAGAAAGUGCAAAUCAUGUACACCAAAAGUUACGAGAAAACCCCACUAGCCCUAUACCCCAUGCGCACCCUCCCUCUCAUGGAAAAGAGCCCAAAUCUACCACAGCUAAUAAUCACGGACAUCCAGAAGAUUCACAGCGGGCUGAAAAGACCCUCGAUGUAAAAUUAAACCACCCGGUAACAGGGAGUGCUGUAAAAAUAAAAAGGGCUGCUCCAAAAGAAGACACCAGUGUAGUGAACGAUCUGAAACCUACAGAACCAAAAAGGAAAAUCCAGCAUGUUACCUGGCCGUGAUGUGUGUGCAUCCAAAUUGCAGGGUCAUACCCUGGGACUUUAUGGUUUCAUCUCUUCACUGUUGGUCGCAGAAGUUGUAGAUGCAAAAUACUGCCAUAGGCGAGGUUUUUUGUAACAUGAACUCUUCUGUUAAUGGUGCUUGAAUGGAAACAGGGCAGUGUUUUUCAGCUAAAUGAUUUCUGUAAGUGAUGAUGUGUUUAGCAGACAUGAUACAACCACACAGCAUCUGUUCGUACAAACUUUGGUAACAGUCAUUAUUUAUAUACCAACAUGCCAUUGUAUGUGUGAGGCAAGGUGCAGAAACACAAAAGUUAAUAAAAAGUAGAGUGGAGACUGUUCUUAGAUUUUAGAAAAUACUAGAACACCUACAAACAUGUAUAUUUUUAAUAUAUUGUAAGAGGAGUUUGGGCAGCCAUGAACUCCUUGAACUUCCUUUUUUUGGAUGGAUUUGGAAAGUGGUGAAAUAUUGCUGGUUUGUUAACAGGAAUCAAAGGAAAUAAACACAUAGAUACGUGCCUUUUC